CGAAGAUUUUGAUUUUGAAUUGAAAGAAUAUACACUGUUAUUAUUAUUAUUUCCUUCACAUUGCUGCAGAUCGUGUACCUGAUUCAAUAAAAGAUCUUCUCAAUGCAUUGCUACAAUUUUUCCGUUCGCAGAAAUAAAUUAUUGCACGUUUGGAAUUGACCGUUGAUAGUAGAAUUCGAGACGACUUCAGUUCUUAUUUUUCAAGUGUUCACUGUUCAACUUCGGUACAUUUACAACCUUCUUACAAAAAGUGAGCAUAAAGAUUUCUCCAUUAUGAGAUGGAAGUAAAAAAUUCAUUUAUUUACAUAACCUGUUAUCUGGCCGGCCCUCGUGUUUCGAUGUCAGUGUGAAAAGUGGCCAAUGCGCCGCAUUUAUCCGCACCUAGUGAGUGCGGAGAAAUUCCCUCGACAGAAUCGGGAAAUUCGACGACCGAAAUGAAAAUGACAGUUCGGUGAAAAUGGCGAUACCACGGGUGUUUUGUCGUUCACGGCUCCUCGUAAAUAAGGAUUUUUCAUUAGUUUUUAGGAAUGUUUCACUGAAGAAUUGUUUGGUUCUGAGUAGCAAUUUUCAAGUACAUUUGGUGAGACAUUUCAGAACACCCAUCAUGGGAUAUGAUGGAGUAGAUAAAAAUAAACAAUUAGAAUGUGAACCCUCAUCAUCCUCUUCAGAUGACAGUGAUUCAGAUGAAGAUGAUUUGGUGGUGAAACCCAGGAUAAGCCCACAAAACCUAGAAACUACCCCUCACAAGGAAAAUUUUAUCACAAACAUUCUCGACGUGACAGUAGAAUACCAUCGGGGCCUCCCACAAGUGACAGUUCCUUUGCCGAGCCGACGAGAACGAUGCGUGUUCACGCUGAAACCGAUUUCGAACACCGUGGGAGAUUUCCUGGAGAUGUUGAAGAAAGAAGACAAGGGAAUCGACACGGCCAUAUGUCGAUCCAUCGACGACAUAAGAAUAGCGUCUUCCAACACCAUCGAGACACUCCUAGAAGACGAUUUCAAAUUGGUGAUAAACGACAAAACGUACAACGUCAGUUGUCCCAAACAAGAACGAUUAACGGGCGAGGAAAUCAAAAGAUUGGCUGAUAUAAAAAAUAUGGUACACCAGCUGUAUGAAGUACUCAACAUUGAGGAACAUAACGUGCUGAAAGAAAACGAAAUUGUCAGGGAAAUCGAGAACGUGAAGCAAGAGUUGCUUCCAUUCGAAAAUCAAAUACGAGAUCUAGAAGUGAUAGCAGAGAAGAGAGGGAACUGGCUGUCUUGGGCUGGAUUGGGGUUCAUGUCUGUUCAGUUUGGAAUUUUAGCUAGACUGACGUGGUGGGAAUAUUCCUGGGAUAUUAUGGAACCUGUCACCUAUUUCGUCACUUACGGAACAGCUAUGGCUAUGUAUUCCUAUUACGUUUUAACUAAAGAGGAAUACAUACUUCCAAGUGUCACAGAUCGCCAAAAACUCUUAGUGCUUCACAACAAAGCCAAAAAAAUGGGUCUCGACCUACAGAGAUACAAUCAGUUACAAGAACAACUUGUAAAAUUGAACAGAAGACUGGCCAAAUUGAGGAAUCCGCUAAAAGUACCUCCUAAGAGUCGGAGUACAUCAACUCCAUCAGAAACGUCUUCAGAUGAUGUUUCGCAAAUAACGUUAGAUAAUUUCGCAAAAACUCUAGGAAAAAUACAUGACAACAGGACACCAAUUCCUAGUCAAAAAUGACUAAUGUGAUUGUAAGGAACUGAUACAAAUGCCUCGUUAUUUAUUUAUCAUUUUAAAUAUCUUCAUUUUUUACUUGAAGCAUUUAUACAUUUCAACGUGAUCCUCAGUAUAGAGUAGGAUUGAAUUUGUCGAAUGAUGCUGUAUUUUACCCUAUUUGUUGAAUGUUAUUAUGAUCGGAAAGUUUUCUAAGGAAUAGGCUAAUUGUUAACUAAUUGUCUAAGCACAGUUUAACUGUGAAGAGUCUUUUUUUAGUCUACAAAUAUGUUGUUUACGUGCAAAUAUUUUUUAUAUAUAAAGGAAUGUUUUUUAUUGUGAUAUGAAGCUCAAAUACUAUACUAUGCUCUUUAAAUAAUUGUUAUUGUUUUAAAUAAACCAAUCAACUGUUGCGAGAAAAUGAUGUGUGUAAUCUUCAUUUUUUUUAGACUCUCUAUUAUUGCCAUCUGUUGUAAAACUUGAAUCCUAUAAGAGUGUGUUCAGUCGGAGGUGUUGAAGAAGAAUAAUUUAUUUUGUUUAGUUUUGUACUUAGCAGGAUUGUUAUAGUUUGUAUAUUUGUAUAUAACUGCUUCGACAGUAAGCUUAAUUGAACUAUACAUUUUCAUUCAUACCCUAUACAUGUAUACCACCGCACAUUUGUUAAUAUGAUUCUUGAUAAAAAUUGUUCGAGUGAUGAAAGAGACCAUUAGCAUUAACCUAAAAAUUUUUAUAAAGUUGAAUAUAUAUAAAUAUAAGCACAAAGGAAGCUUUA